AUGAAUCGAAUCAUUUUAUCAGCCAUUGUGCUGAUAUUUUCUCUACUGAGCGUACAUGGAUACACCCUUCGAGGAUCUAUUGCUGGUGCGCCAACAGCCAAUCUAUUUCCGUUGACAGCAUCAGACAUUACCUCUACGAAGAUAAUUCUUCGUAAUAGAGACACUUUGUCAGUUUCUGAGGCUUAUUUACAAUCUGCCAAGGGAGAUUUCACAUUCAACAAUGUAGUUGAGGGAUCAUAUAUUCUUUCUUUGCAAAGUCUGCCAUUGAUCACCCCUUACUCAUAUCGCGUUGACAUUCGACCUGGCGAAGUUGAGGUACAUCAGGUAGUCGCUGGUCAUGAUAUCAAUACGGAUCUGGGUCCUCGCGUAUCAUAUCCAAUUGUCAUUGAUCAGAUUUCGCGACCCAAAUACACAGUUGAAAGAGAAGCGUUUAGUCUUAUCAAUAUGGUCAAGAGUCCAAUGAUGCUUAUGAGUUUAGGCUCUCUCGUCAUGGUGUUCUUACUGCCAAAGAUGGCUGCUAAUAUCGACCCGGAAACCGUACAACAACUCCAGGACACACAAAAGUCACGAAAUGAGGUGGUUGACAAGGUUUCAAACUUUGAUAUGGCAUCAUAUCUUGCUGGAAAAUCUCAGUAA